UACAAAGACGGAUAAACGGAGGCAGUGGAUGGCACGCUCGAGGUGCGUCAAAGCUUGAGAAAGAAAGAAAAACAGAGAGAAAGAGAGAGAAAGGGAAAAGAGGCGUGCGCGAUUCGCGGCCGUGGCGGUGCACAGUGGUGCAGUCGUCGACGGGCGGAAAAGACAGGACAUAGUGUGUGGGCUCGGCUCGGAUUCUCCCGCAUCCAUUAUGAUACAGUAAUCUCCUGCAGCGCUAGGCGCUUUGCGUCUCCGGCACAUUCGUUGUCUCUUCUAUCAGGCAGAGACGGAAAGCAAGAGAGAGAGAGGGGGCGAGAGAGAGGGAGUACGUGUUAAAUCGAACUCUUGACGCACCCUUCGCGUUCGUGUGUGAGAAAAAAAGUCAAGAGAGGAAACGAAACGCGCGAUGGAGGCGCGACGCUGCUGUCCGGUUUGACCGCUAGACGGCCCUCCGGUGUAUCUCUGCUCGUUGGAUCGGCAGACUUGUUAGGUGUGUUCGCGCGCGCCAUGUGCCGUGCCGUCAUCACCGUUCCGCGUGUGUUUCCUCCUUGUGGAUCAUCGUCGCACGUAUCAUCCGCGGUUCGAUAAGCGCUCGCCGCGUUAGCCACGCGCUAGUUCGUCAUCCGCGAUUCAUCCCGGAUUAGUGUGCUUCAUUUAUCGGUGCUUCGCGAGAUCCUCUGUGUUCUGUUCUGUUGGUGUUGGUGCGAGGAGUGAAUCGAGUUGCGCACUUUUCCUUUUCUCCACCCUUGUAUUUUUGUCCGCGAGUGUGUCUCGCGCGAGUGACAAGCCAUAGUGAAAAGCGCGAAGAAGGGAGAAACAGAAAGAUAGAAAGGAAGUAGCAGUCGAAGAAGAGAAAAAAAAGAGCAAGAGCGCAUAGCAGAAUCGCUCGUCGGUGUUUCGGUGAGCUUCACAAACGAGCGAGCGUGCAAGAGAGAUAACACGAGUGGCGUAUCAAGAUGGCGCAUAAUUUGGCACCGAGCGUCAACUGCUCGCUCGACGACAUUGACCUGAACGCGCUGAAGGAGCCCGCUGGAAUUUUUGAGCUGAUAGAAGUAGUCGGCAAUGGAACAUACGGCCAAGUUUACAAAGGUCGGCACACCAAGACCGGUCAGCUGGCGGCCAUCAAGGUCAUGGACGUCACAGAGGAUGAAGAGGAAGAAAUUAAGUUGGAAAUAAACGUACUCAAGCGGUACUCAAAUCAUAGGAAUAUAGCCACGUAUUACGGUGCCUUCGUAAAGAAGUCAUCACCCGGCAAAGACGAUCAAUUAUGGCUGGUUAUGGAGUAUUGCGGAGCAGGCUCCGUUACGGAUCUUGUCAAGUCAACGAAGGGUCAGAGCUUGAAAGAGGAAUGGAUAGCCUAUAUUUCGCGAGAAAUUCUGAGAGGACUUAGUUAUCUUCAUAGCAAUAAAGUUAUCCACAGGGAUAUUAAGGGACAAAAUGUCUUACUGACUGAUAAUGCGGAGGUCAAACUCGUUGAUUUCGGCGUUAGCGCACAAUUGGACAGAACGAUAGGUAGAAGAAACACGUUCAUUGGCACACCUUACUGGAUGGCUCCAGAAGUUAUCGCUUGCGACGAGAAUCCAGACGCGACUUACGACAAUAGAAGUGACCUUUGGUCGCUCGGAAUUACCGCUUUAGAAAUGGCUGAAUCACAACCUCCUCUCUGCGAUCUGCAUCCCAUGAGAGCCUUGUUUCUGAUUCCUCGCAAUCCACCGCCGCGGCUCAAGUCGAAGAAAUGGGCGAAAAAGUUUCACGGAUUUAUCGAAACGGUGCUGGUAAAGGAUUAUCAUCAAAGACCUUACACAGAACAGCUCCUUAAACAUCCGUUUAUACGGGACCAACCUACGGAAAGACAAGUCAGAAUACAGCUUAAAGAUCACAUUGAUCGCUGUAAAAAGCGCAAACAGGAGAAAGAACGAGACGACUAUCGAUACAGCGGCAGCGAGAACGAAGAGGAUGAACCGGCAUUGGCAGGCGAGCCAUCGUCUAUAGUUCAAGCACCUGGUGGUGAUACGUUGCGUCGUAACUUCCAACAAAUCCAGGAGGGUAGGACUUUGACGCAGGACGUGCCUCCUCAAGCACCCGCCGCUAAGGAGAAGCCAGGAAGCAGAUCUCAAAGGGAAGUGCCGGAACCAGGACCACCCGCGAGACCCGCUAUACCGCACAGACUUAUAGUUGUGCCAGAUCCACAACCACCGUCUCGCCCAUUGCCUCCGACACCUCGGGACGAUCCUCGGCAACCGCACAAAGUAUCCACACCGCCUUCUAAUCAUCAAACACCUGCCGGAGGAGGUAGCGGAGGAUCCGGAGGGCAGCCCGCGCCUCAAAGGAACAGUGUCUUCAAGCCUAUGCUGCCGCCGAAGAAACCUGAGGACAUGGAGAUACUGGCUGCUCAACUCAUCGAGCUUGGUGUGUCACAGGGCCCCGAGGCCCCGCCCAGGCCAAACAGGCAGCAUAAGGGCCCUGCAGUCUCGUCUACAUCGAAUUCGGUGCAGCCUGCAGGUGGUAACGAUCAGAACAACAAACAGAUGCCGCAAUCUUCCAGUAUUCUCGAUCAAGCCCUGUCGAUCGAGAGCGAUAGCGACGACGAUGAUGACGCUGGAGGGAACAACUUGAGGAACGACGGUACUUUACUCGCUAGCGAUCCACCGAAGCCGCUUCCCGAAUUUUCUCCUUUCAGACCGUCGUCGGACUCGUCAUCGUCAUCUUCGCACACCGUUCAAAACUCCCAUCAUGAGGAUAAGCCGAAAGGAGGAGCACCGAAUCGUCCGCUCCCGCCAACCCCCGAUGAGGAAGAAUCGGGUGAUCGUACGCUAGUCAUGAAACGAAAACUUAAUCAGAUGUCAGACGAUCGUGCCACGGCUAGCGGCAAUCGACGUUCAGAGAUAGAUGAGCAGCUCCUCCUGAAGGAGUGGGAUUUCACCCGCUUCUUUCAGGGUUUUAACGAAAAGUUGGAUAAAAUAAAACAGGAGCAUCAGCAAGAAGCGGCCGCCGGUCAAGCGAGCAAGUCCGGGUCCAACGAGGAUCGCUCCUCAUCGUCUAGCGAAAGAACACUCAAGAGACAGGAGCAGCUAGCCCGACGGAAACACGAGCAACAGCAGCACCAUCAAAAGCAACAGCAAUUGAAGCCGGUUCACAGGCGGCAAGAGAGCGAUUCGAAAUUGGGCAACGCGUCGAGCGCGUUCGCGCGCGCCUUCCGCCGCGAGAAUUCGGAUUUUUUCCCAUCUGCGAGACACUCGGCGUACCUGCAGAAGUCAUCGGAUUCCUCGAGGUCCAGUAUAUUCGCCAGCGGCAAUCGGCGCGGAAGUGAGAUAAGCGUCGCCGGUAUUGUUGGUAAGAAGUGCGGCGUCCACAGCUCCGGGGAGCCGAUUCUAACGGAUUUCUCGUUGAACCGCGAGGGGCCGCAGAGGCCCAGGAGAGAAAAGACCGAGAGCGAGAUCGUCUUUGGUAAUAGGCACGAGGCGAGGAGGUACGAUUUCGGACGCGAUAAAGACGAGACCGCAAGAAGACGCAGUUGUAGACCCCCGGACGCUACGGCCUCCGCCGUAAUCGACGAUGCGGGAACGAUUAAGUCCACGGCCAGUACGACGGCCAGCGAGUACAGCCCUAUUGUCACCCAGAAUCGCGAGGGUGAUCGUUCAAGAAGCGGCGGAGGUGAUUUCCAGAGGUCCGAUUCGUCUCCUGGCUCACGACCCAGUUCGGUCUUACCAGAUCUUUUGACUUCUUCGCCGGGCCAGCGACAGGACAAGUCAACUAGCGAGGAGUAUCGACAAGCCGUAAAAUCACCCCCUCCGUUUGCGCUUCAACAGAAGCAGAGGUCUUUCCUGACUUUCGGAUUCGGCGCCGGUCCAGCGAGGAGGGAGUCUCACGUGAACGUUAACGUGACUCCGACUAGCCACGAUUUAGCGUCGGAUACGCCGGAGAUACGCAAAUACAAGAAGCGUUUUAACAGCGAGAUACUCUGCGCCGCGUUAUGGGGAGUGAAUCUGUUAAUCGGAACCGAGAACGGUUUGAUGUUAUUGGACAGGAGUGGACAGGGUAAGGUCUACCAGUUGAUCAGCAGAAGACGUUUUCAACAAAUGGAAGUUCUCGAAGGCCAAAAUAUUCUGGUUACGAUCAGCGGUAAGAAAAACAGAGUGCGCGUUUACUAUCUUUCUUGGUUGAAGAGCAAGAUUCUGCGAACGGAUGGUCAUAGUGACCAAGUCGAACGGCGUAACGGUUGGAUUAACGUGGGCGAUCUGCAAGGCGCUGUGCAUUUUAAAAUAGUGAAAUACGAGAGGAUAAAGUUCCUCGUGAUCGCGUUGAAAGAUUCCAUAGAGAUUUACGCCUGGGCGCCAAAGCCGUAUCACAAAUUUAUGGCUUUCAAGUCUUUCGGCGAACUCGCGCACAGACCGCUAUUGGUGGAUCUUACCGUCGAAGAGGGUACAAGGUUAAAGGUUAUUUAUGGUAGCGCGGACGGCUUUCACGCAGUUGACUUGGAUUCCGCCACGGUUUAUGACAUAUAUUUACCCAAACAUACUCAAGGACCCAUUUGUCCGCACUGUAUAGUAGCGUUGCCUAAUAGCAACGGCAUGCAGUUGCUACUCUGCUACGAUAAUGAGGGCGUAUACGUAAAUACUUACGGCAGAGUGUCGAAAACGAUGGUUCUUCAAUGGGGCGAGAUGCCGACAAGCGUCGCAUACAUCGGCACGGGGCAGAUUAUGGGCUGGGGCAACAAGGCGAUCGAGAUCAGAAGUGUAGAGAGCGGUCACCUCGACGGUGUUUUCAUGCAUAAGAAGGCUCAACGACUCAAGUUCCUUUGCGAACGUAACGAUAAGGUAUUCUUCUCGUCAGCGAAGGGUGGUAGUUCGUGCCAGAUUUAUUUCAUGACUCUAAACAAACCGGGCAUGGCCAACUGGUGAUCCCGAAUGAGGCCGCAUCUGGCCCCACGAGUACCCUCGCGAUUAUCGCCGCCGCAUAAUCCGCCGCGUGUAUCGGGAUACACAGCAUCGGCGCGCACACUCGCCCGCCCUUCACUGCCAGGAUCUGGCGCCAUGGAGAUCAGGAAGUGCGUGCACCGUAGCCAGCAUCCUUAUCAACAACAGCAACAGCAUCGUCAACGUCAUCGUCACUAUCCUCAUCAUUAUCCGCGUAAUCUUUCGUACAACUAUAAUUAUGACUACGAAGAGGACGAAGAGUACGACGACAGAUUCCAACGAUACUCCCGGUUGCCCCUGCGAAAUACACCGGGCACGUUAACGUUUGUGAAUCUCUUCGUCAAGAGAUUCCUCUGUUUUUUCACUUGCUCGCCCUGCGGAUUGCGCAGCAGCGCGGCUUAAUGCGCUGAAAUGCAGAGCGAAUUUUUUCCCAAAAGUGCGCACGACAUAUUAUUGCACGCUGGUAAAUCGUAUUACAAGUGUUCUAUGUAUUUCUCUCCUUUUCCUUUGAAUAUAAAUUUGUCGCUUCAAUUACUACGAUAAGUAUCUGUACUUGUUUCGCGUUGGCAUGCUUACGUAAAUUACCUUAAUUGUCGAAGGAACCUUAAUAUUAAAACGGAACAAAGUGUAUUUUACUGUGCAUGAUGAAUAGCUAAUAAUUAAGAGUGUUUUAUACGGAGAAAAUGAUUUAGAAUGAUAUAAUAAAGCGUGAACUUCAUUUGUGCUGAAAUUUUCUAAAAAAUUCUGAGUAGAUACUCGUGAGAACAGUGCUGACGAAUUACCAGUGCCGCAAAGCCAAUCGAUUGUAACGCGCAACUAUUUUCAGUGUAAGAAAACUCGUGCAAUAUCGAUGAAUCGGUCUGUACAAAAAAAAGGAGACCUUAUUCUAAGAGACUUUCAUUACCUGAAGCGAGGUAAGAAAGCACUCCGGUAAUUAAAUUGUGAGUGUCGCGUAUAAAGAUCCGGAGAUCUCUCGAGGAAUAAAAGAAAGGGCUCGUACAGCGUUUACAAUCGUGAUUUUCUUUUUUCUCAAGGUUUGUUAAUUUUUCAGUGAAACGUUUUUGUGGUCUUGAUCCGUUAGAACACGUAUAGCGACGUUUUAAACUAAAGCGUACACACGUUACGGCAGACUGGUGCCACGGAUAUCGAUGACGACAUCGUUACAAUACGACGCGAUAUCAUGAUAAAAUUAGAAUUAAGUGAGAGUAAUUACUAACGUUAAUUAAUUGUAUAGUUAUAGAAACCGAGGGUUUUCUCCGCCGGCUCAUGUGCCAGCCGAGCGCGAUGACGAUGACGCUGACGCAAGAUGAAAUGACGUAGGCACUGGAUGAGUCGCAUUUUUACAAAUAAUAGAUUAAUUAUACCGUAGGGAUUUCGUGAUGCACGACGAGACGUGAGUAGCUAAGUUUCUUUUUUCCACGGUUCUUUCAAAUCUAAGUAACUCUUUUUACGUUUGAUACGCGCCCUGUACUAUGUAAUGCGAAAAAAAACCACAUCCGCACAACCUUUUUCGUCGUGAUGUCGUUUGUCGUGACGAACAACGUGGGCGAUAUAGUCUUCAGCUUUUGUAAGAAAUUUGUAAUUUAGCGAGACGACACGCACUAAGAGAGCAUCCUGCCUCUCCCUCUUCCUGCUCGUUCCUUGAUCGCGAAUCGCUGUUCCGCCUUCAAGCGUUUUAUUACAGUCUGAUCUCGUAAGCUGGAAGAUACUCCAUGCUUGAAUGGAAAAUCCUUGAUAAUUAUCAUGCCGCGAUUUCAUCGACGUCGGAUUAUCCACGACUGAUUUAAGCGGGUUUACGAUGCUAACAACUGGGUGAAAGAAUCAACUUCAACUUACGCCGAGUUUCUUCGUUCACGUUGUUCACGAUAUCGGAGUUCUAUCGAACACACGCGCAAUUAGUAUACGUAAUAUCUGCAGGGAUUUUAUCGAUACGAGUCACAUUAGAAAUCCUAGCGGGGCAAAUAUAUUUAAUUAACAUUACCAACGUGAUAUAGGAACAAGUGCGAUAAGAACGUUAAAACUAACUGUGCGAGUCAGAUUAUCCGCUAAACAUGAUUGAUUAUUCAUGCAACUGUGAAAAUCGGUAUUCGAGCGAGAACAAGACAAGCAGUGAGAAUAGUGGAUUUGUGAUGAGCAGUUAUCCUGAUUUUUUUUUUCUGCUUUUUCGGUGCGAUCAGACUGACAUAUCUUUGCUCGUCGUGCGCCUUCAAGCAAACGACUAAAAGUAAGAUCGAUCUUUGUCAAUAAUUAAAGUUACACUUUUAAUAAACGUCAUACAUGUAACACGAGCAAUUAGCGCGACAGAGCAAUCCAUCGAAGGAGCAAAAUCAAGUCACGUGAGAUUGUACUCAUUUAUUUAUUUUUACAUAAAUACAUGACGUGCUGCACGCGACACACGUUACACAUUUUUUACUUCGGUGGAUUUAGCGAACUUUUCGACAGUAUCGCGCUGCGAUCGUGAAAUUGCACACGUCGCGUUAUAAACAACGUGUAAAUUGUCGAAGUUGUCAGUUGGUAGUGUAUAGAUUAUGCUCGCGGCGAUACAUUUUUUAUACCAUUAACGAGAAGGCACAGGAAGGGGCGGAGCUCCGCAUAGUGCAACGAAAGACUGCUUUUUAAAUGGAAGAAAGCUUUUUAUCGCGCGAAGACGAAGAAAACGUGGGAUAUCGAACGAAAGAGGGGGAGAGAGAGUGCUAAGAGAGAACGGAAGAGUGUGAGAGAGAGAGAACGAGAACGAGCGAGAGAAAGCGAAUAAUUUUUGGCAAAAACUGCACUUUCGGGUGGUUAUUUACGAUUGGCAGGAAUUUGGAUAAUAUGAUAGUAACAUUAUUAUAUCUUAACUAGACCUGCGAACUAAUUUUAUACGAAAACUUCCCUUUUCUUUUCAUCCUUUUCUCUACUCUACUUCCCUUUUUAAUCUUAAGUUUUUUUUUCACGGUGUCUUUCCUUACCCUUUCUCUUACACAUUGUCUCCCAAAGAUAGUAAUGUUUUUUUUUUUUAAUAGUACAGAUAAUUAUAUUCACUGCAAUUUAUAUGGAUUGUAUUAUUACAAUUAUUCCUAUCAUUACGAACGUCACGAUCGUUAGACGCGAUGUACUAUGAUUACGAUUAUUAUUUUUAUUAUUGCUAUUCAUACUAUUGCUAAGGUCAAAUAUACGGACAUUCGUAAUUUCA